AUGAGCGGGACCCCAAGUCAAGGGCCUGGGCUGCGGUACCCGUCGAAUAAAAAGAGCAUAUAUGACAGGAACCUGAAUCGGAGCAAGAAUGCGGAGCUUAGCAGGGCGGCGUUUGCGUACCUCUUCAUUGAGAUGAUUGCGUAUGCGCAGAAGGGCGCGAAGGAUGUGGGGGACUUGGAGCAGAGGCUGAAUACACAAGGCUACCCAAUUGGCCUCCGCCUACUCGACCUGCUCCUCUCCCGCACCGCGAACCCCCUCGCGAGCAUCCGACCUACGCGUAUCCUGCCUCUCCUCCAAUUCAUUGCACAACAACUAUACCGCUACCUAUUCGGUCGACCUGCCGAUGCAUUAGAAAAGUCUGGCACCGACCCAGGACAGUACAUGCUCUUUGACAACGACCCCAUGGUCAACCAAUAUAUAAGUCUGCCCAAAGAACUAUCGAGUCUGAACUGUGCGGCUUUUGUAGCGGGUAUAAUUGAGGGUGUUUGCGACGGUGCGGGGUUUCCGACCGAGGGCGUGACAGCGCAUAGUGUGGGCGAUGAGGAAGGCAAGGGCCUCUGGCCGGGAAAGACUGUCUUUCUGAUCAAGUUCAAGCCUGAGGUAUUGGAGAGGGAGGAGAUACUGGGCAGGGGUGGGGGUUGA